CUGAGGCAACUCGGAGGCUGAUUGGGCAGCAGAUAAUUCUCGCCCGCUGAUUGGCCGCAGGCUGGCAGGGCGGUCUUUCCCCUUCCGGCGGGCGCUGACCUUGCUGGUGGCGGAGCGGCGGGGGCAGCCAUGGUGGCGUACUGGCGGCAGGCCGGCCUCAGCUACAUCCGCUACUCGCAGAUCUGCGCCCAGGCCGUGCGGGCGGCCAUGAAGCCGCAGUACAAGGCCGAGGCGGAGAGGGCGGCCAUGGCCACCGUGAAGACCGUGAAGCCCAAGAAGGAGUGAGGUGGGCGCCGGACACGGCAGCGGGAGGUCAGCCCGGCCCUCGGGAACUGAUCUGUGGCGAAUACUGUAACAGCAAACUGCAAGCUGUAGGCAAGCUGAAGACUGCAAUACAAUGUCAUCAUGUUAACUGUAAAACUUGCCUGUGUGUAAAUCAGCACACUAAUAAAUAUCACUUGUGGUUAAACAAA